ACCUGUGGAAGCCGCGAUGAACAGCUGAUCCUCCCGCAGUGGAUAAAACCAAUCACAAUGGUGACCGCCAAGUCCUGAUUCCCGAUCCUACGCGUGGCACUAUGUGAAUAGUUAUUGGAGGAGUAGACACAGGAGAAUUAUUAACAGGAAAUUAGGGUUAAGGAGUCUUUUUGGAGCGUGCUAUUAUAUAUUUUUUUCGGUUUGGACCUGUCCAUCAUCAGUGUUACAGACGGACACGCUGUGCGCUCAGACUACCUGCCGCUCGUCGCUCUGCGCUCACCGACGCUCAAUUAUGUUAUUGUCAAGUUUCCUCAUUUUUACCUUUUCCUACUUUAUGGCGCCUCUGUUCCUCUGUUACCUGCCUCAAGUGUCGGCACAGAAGCCUGGGUCACGGUGGCUGAUUGGAGACAGAGACAGGGACUGUGGGAUCACCUGCUCACGGACGGGGAAGCCGGUGUGUGGUUCAGACGGGCGGAGCUAUGAUACCAACUGUGAAUUGCAGAAGGCGCGCUGCAAAGAUAAGACACUCACAUUAGCACAUCGAGGCCGGUGUCGAGGUAGAAACUGGGUGUUGCCAGUGGCUCUAGCACCAACUGCCACAUCUGACGGGAGAGAUGUGGAGCUCAAAGAUGCAGGACAGUCCAAGUGUCGUGUUGAGAGGAACCAGGCUCUGGAGCAAGCCAGAAGACCUCAGUCUUCAGAGUCCAUGUUCAUCCCAGAAUGCAAUGAAGAUGGAACAUUUGCCCAGGUCCAGUGCCAUACUCUGACCGGUUACUGCUGGUGUGUUACCAGUGAUGGCAAGCCAGUGAGUGGCUCCUCUGUGCACAACAGGACCCCAGUGUGUUCAGGAAACUUCCGUGAAUUUAUGGGAACUCAUGCUGGGACAAGUGGAUUGUCAGGGUCAGUAACUGAUAAGCCACCAGGGCCACCAAACACGGAUAGAAAAGUAGUCUCUUUCCGUUUCUUUCUCACCCUUAACCCAGAUGAUGGCUCCAAGCCCACACCCACCAUGGAGACUCAUGUCCCCCCUGAGGGUGAUGAGAUAACUGCUCCAACACUAUGGAUAAAACAGCUGGUUUACAAGGAGAACAAGAAGAACAGCUCCUCUUCCAGGAAACCAGAGAAAGUUCCCUCUUGUGACCAGGAGAGACAGAGUGCUCUGGAAGAGGCUCUGCAGAAUCCACGUGAGGGCAUUUUCAUCCCCGAAUGUGGGCCUGGAGGCCUUUACAAGGCCGUCCAGUGCCACCAGUCCACAGGCUACUGUUGGUGUGUUCUGGUGGACACGGGACGCCCCAUUCCUGGAACCUCUACCAGGUACCAGACGCCUGAGUGCGAUGGAGCUGCACGAUCUCGAGUCUCGGACACAGAAGAAGCAUUCCAAGGCAGAGAACUGCCAGGCUGCCCUGAGGGCAAGAAAGUGGAAUUCAUUACAAGCUUGUUAGAUGCCCUCACCACAGACAUGGUGCAAGCCAUAAACUCACCAGCCCCCUCUGGUGGUGGGAGGUUUGUGGAGCCUGACCCCAGUCACACUUUAGAAGAGAGGGUGGUGCACUGGUACUUUGCCCAGUUGGAUAACAAUGGUAGUCAAGACAUCAACAAGAAGGAACUAAAGCCUUUCAAGAAGUACUUGAAAAAGAAAGCCAAACCCAAGAAAUGUGCCCGAAAGUUCACCGACUACUGUGAUCUGAAUAAGGACAGAGCCAUUUCCCUGCAGGAGCUGAAAGGCUGCCUGGGUGUCUGCAAGGAGGGUAGCUCAACAACAAGUGGCAACCAAGGGACAAGGCAAGGGACAAAUUUGUUCAUAGGACGUCUGGUGUGAGAAGAGAAGGAUCAAGAAGCUGAGAUGAGAGCAGAGGGCACAGAGGGAAGGCAUCUGCACGCUUGCUGACAGGACAUAGACAGAUGGAGCAGAAAAAUUAAGAAGUUCCUGAGUUUUGUAAAUGAACAGAAAAAAAAUGGAAAAGAAAAACAAAGUGGCGCCAAAAUAUUUGCACUUUCUUCUCCCUAUGUUUGACAUUUUAUUUGUUUUUACAUGUUUUUUUUUCUUUCUUGAAGUGACUGAAAAUAUCUAGGUAAGAAUGAGAAUAUAUUUGCAAAGAUGACAGGCUCACCACUGGAAGAGCAAGUAUGUGUAUAUUACCACAAUUCUCUGUGUUAAGUCUGAUGUUUUAAUUCCUUCUGUGUGUCCUCAGAUAACACAAGGUACUAAUACACGUUUUUUGCCAUGUGAAUUAAAAUUACAGGCCCUUUAUUACAAAAAGCAGCACACAGGUCAGUGGAAACCUAUAAAAGAGGAUCUUGCAGUGAGUCACAUACAAAAAAGAAUGGUGCUUAUUUAAAACGCACUCUACAAGUCAGUCUAGAACAACUAAAACAAAUGUGUAUGUGAACAAGCAACAAAUAUGUGAGUGGCAUGCAUUGGAAUUAAACUGUGAGUUGAGUCUAUGCAGUCCAGUUCAUCAGCACAGAAUUAGCUGCGUGAAUCCUGCACAAAACCUUCUCAAUACAUUAACAUUUUGGAUAUCUGGUUUUUGUCAAGUGUCAUGCAUGCACCAGAGUCGGACAGUGGUAGCUAGAUGGAUGUCACUUUUUUUUAACCGAUUACUUUUUCUACAACCCCAAACCAUUGCAAAAACACUCUUCUUCACUAUUCAUAAUUUAUUUUCAACACUCUGUAGUAUCAAAAAAGAGAAUUUACAACAACAAAUCCCAAAAAGUUGGGAUGCUGUGUAAAAUGUAAAUACAACAGCAUGCAAAGAUUUGCAAAUCUCAUAAUCCCAUAUUUUAUUUACAAAUGAAAAUGUACCAUUUUCUGGGAAAAAGCUCAUUUUGAAUUUAUUGGUAGCCACGUAUCUCACAUUAAUUGAGACAAGGCCAUAUUUACUACUGUGUAGAAUCCUCUGUUCCAAUCCAGUUGUUGGACUUUUGGGAGAGGAAUCCCAUCCCAUUUUUGUCUGAUAUAGGAUUCUAGCUGCUCAGCAGACUUUGGUCUUCUUUGUCAUUUUUUCUGUUUCACCAAACGCACCAAAUGUUUUCAGUUAGUGGAAGGUCUGGACUGCAGGCAGGCCAGUUCAGCACCCAGACUCUUAUACUAUGAAGCCAUGCUGUCAUAAAAGAUUCAUCAUGCAGUUUAGCAUUGUUUUGCCGAAAUGUGCACGAUUUUCCCUGAAAAAGAUAUCAUCUACCUUUGAACACUAAUGAUGCCUUUCCAGAGGUGCAAGCUGCCAGUUCCAUGGGUACUAAUGCACCCCUAUACCAUCAGAGAUGCAGGCUUUUGAACUGAGCACUAAUAAGGCGGAUGGUCUCUUCCCUCUUUAGUUCAGAGAAUGUUAAGCGCUUGGUCCUCAAACAGAAUUUGAAAUUUGGACUCAUCUGACCAUAGAACAGCUUUCCACUUUGCCUUAGUCCAAUUUAAAUAAGCUUUGGCUUGUUUCUGCAUCAUGUUCACAUAUAACUACUUCAUUGCAUGAUAGAGCUUUAACAUGCAUUUAAGAAAAUAAUGCCUGCUUUUAAUGUUUGUUUUUAAUGCAGUGCCACUAGAGGUCCCAGCCAUCACGGACAUACAAUAGUGAUUUUCAGUCUUAUCCUUUGCGCACAGAGACUUUUUGUGAAACUUGUGAUAUUAUCACAAGAUCAUAUCUACUGUAGAUGAUAUGACAUUUAAAAUCUUUACGUUCAAUCACUUUUAAAAGGAACAUUAUUCUAAUAUUGUUCCAUAAUUUGGAGAUGCACAUUUUUGCAGGUUGGUGGAUCUCUGCCUAUCUUUACUUCUGAGAAACUCCAAGAAUACCUGAUUAGUUGUGAAAUUUUCCACAAGCUGUCUUUUUGGUACCACUUACUUUUGAGCCAGUAUUUUUCAUGAGAUGUCUCAGUUUAAACAUAUGAUAUGUUUUCAGUGUUCUAUUUUAAAUAAAAUAUGGGUUUAUGAUAUUUGCAAAUCAGUGGAAUCAUUUUUUUUAAAUUUACAUUUUACACAGUGUUCCAACUUUUUUUGGAAAUGGGUUUGUAAAAAACAGAAAUAUAAUAAUAGAACAAAUAGUAAAAGAUUAUGACAAAUUAAACAUGCAAAACAACUGCGAGUAAAAGAUUUCACACAGCAUGUUCAUGCAACUUUACACUGUUGCACCCAGUGGAAGACAUUUCAGCAUGUUUACACAAAGGUUGGAAUAUGAACAAACAGUGUUAAAUAUGAAGUAACGAAAGAUUUCAGGAAUGCAACCACAUGAGACAAACAACUCUAAAAUACAGCUUAUAAAGUUGUGGGUUGCAUUUUAGCAUAAAUGUCCACACAGGUGUUUUUAGAACUGGGUUAUUGUGAAGCUUCAUGUUAGAUGGGCGAGCUACUAGACCUUGUAAUGACAGAUAAUUUGAUAGAUGCUCUUCUAAAACCAGGUAGAAUUGUACAAAUGAUUUCAUACCAAAACAAACACACUGUUUGCAAAAAGAGCCGCAAAAUAUUUUCCCGGAAAAAAACAAAUUUCAAGCUCUGCGACAAAAUCUGUCUUCAUUUGUUACCAAUUUGGUUACAUUUUCCCAAGCCUCCAGAGUUGCAAUUGCACCAGGCACCUCUGAUUUGUAUAAAGUCACAUAGAGCUCAACUUUAUACUAAUGAGGAGCUGGCAAAUUGAUGCUUAACUUCCAAGUCCGACACUAUGUGAUCGGAAUCGAUUGCAUUAGUGUUUACAUAGACAACAAAUGGGACGCAUUCACUAAUGCAACUUCAAUUUAAAUGUGUCCUUACCACAGUGGAGGCCACUCAUUUAUAAUACAUGCAUCCCAUUCUUUUGUGUAUAAGUUUAUAUAGUGUUAAAAGUAAUUGUGCAGGUUUUGUUAAACUGCACUAUUAUAAUGUUAGUAUCCGUUCUUUACACAGUCAUCUAUAGUAAUGAUCUUUCUUUAAUUCUGCCUUCUAGUGUUUACUGAUCCAAACUGAACAAAUUUUUGACCCUCUUGUGGAGAUUUUAGUUUUCUAAAUAGAUUACAUUACAAUAAAGAUGUUUUAAAUAUUAUUAGUAUCAGAGAAAAACGACUCCACAGUUGACUAAUCUAACCAGUAAAUAGAGUAAGAAGUUCACAUGGCUCAAUAUCUUGUUAAUCUCAGCCCAUUUCAUCGAUCAUAUUCACAUUUACCUCACAAGAUACGGCGUGCCAGUUCAUACAGUAAAUAUUGGAGCCUUCCCAGUAAUGUCAGACUAUGUAUUGUGUACGUAAACACAAUUACUGUCUCACCUCAAGCAGCUGAUGUCAGUCUUGUUGUCUCAAACACUUAAAACUACUCAUAGUGGAACUUUUCCACUUUAUGUAAGACACUGAAGUAAGUCUUUUAAAAAUACUCCCCCGGGUGUCUGAUAAAUGCUAACAUUUUAUGAGCAGUGAAGGGGAAAAAAAUCCUUUUAGUUUUGCAGUGUAAAAAAUAAAAAUGUGAUCCUCACAUUUGGGAACAAUCGGAGAAUCGUGCCUUUGCUGUUGUGGUUUAAAUACUUUGUAUGAGUUGUAUUCCCCAAUAGUCCCUGCAAUGGCUCACAAUUAUGAGACAAAAAAGGCUCCUUUUGUAAAUAUGUACAAUAAGCUUUGUUUUACUAAAUGUCACUGUGGGGGUGUAUGAUUGUUCACUCACUUCACUGUCAUUCUGGCUUCUUGUAAAAAAGAUAUAGUUUUCUCUCUGUUUACAUCAUGUCAAACAUUAGGCUGUUACAGUAGCUAAUUCACAACAUGGAAAUGCUUAGGCGAGACUGCACGUUGUCAGCUCUGAGGACUGUUUAUUUUAACUAUGGUGAGGUUAUUUUACUAUUUCAGUUUGUGUUUUAAGAUUCCCGUCGUCAUCACUACGCACAGUCAGGACCAUACUUAUGCAGUAUCUGGUGCUUAAUAUACUACAAUCACAAGUCCAGUUGCAUCUAAUUUGAAUUGGAUAGUUAUGCCAAGAAACCAGAAAAGAAACCAGCCUUUCUUUGAGGGCUGUGCAGUCUCUCCUGAGUGCCUGUUUCAAUCCAGGUUUGAACACAGUGGGCUUAUGUGUGUCUGCUGAAGUGCUUCCAGACGCUGCAGAGCUGCAAAUCACAUGCAAGAUCUAAAACAACCCAAAAGGCUAGUAAUCACUACAAAUCAUGAUGGGAAAAAUGUAGUGAAGGAGGCUUGUAGCUUGUCAGUUUGGUAGAGAAAAGACAGCUUUUUUUCUUGUUCACUUGUUUUUGCACUUCACCAUCCAAAUGUGUUUUGAUAAUGUUUCUUAUUCAUAGCAAAGGAAAUUAGAUCCAUGGAAAAGAAAACACUGAAAUGUGUUAUUUUUCAUGUGGUUCAUGUGGAUUUGGGUGCUGCUCAGAAUCAUUGACAUUUUCAAACUUGUGUCAAAGUAGACACAAGCAAAACAAAAGAGGCUAAAGCCUUUUUUCUUUUAAUUUUAAAAUGAAUCAGUGAAGUGUAAAGCUCAGAAAAUUUUCAUAAAGGUUAUGAGCUACGACACAGUAGCAGCUUCCACCUGGGUUGUAUCACUCUUUGGGAUACUUCAUGCUGUUUCCUACCUUAAGUGUGUCAUAAAUUUAAAGCAGCCAUUGAGGUGCCCAACAUUUGGAAGAAUUUAACAUCUCACUGUUGUAUGGACAGACAGGACUGAAUUCAGCAACAAGACACUUGAAAACUUGAACCACGUUUUAUCUCUUACAGAGUCAUGUUGAGAAAAUGAAACUGUAGAGGUACUGUGUGACACUCUCUAAGUAUCCAGCUGAUUAGACACACUUUAAUAUUACUACAAUAUAAACAUAGGUAUUUUAAAAAGCUUGAUAAUGAUUCUUAAAAAAAAAAUGGAAAAACUCCAGAUUUAGAGCUGUUAACAGAAGACAAAUUUUCUGAAAGGAGGGCGAAGGAGUUCAAUAUUGACCCCAAAUGGUGAAGAUUGCUCACUGCAGGUUUGAGUUUGACAAAUUAAAUCCAGUGUCUGCACAAGAAGUUUUUACUUAUGAUUCUGCAUCAAGCAAGCCAACUGAAUUUCAUGAACUGAAAUAUUUUAAUAAAGAUAAUGUUUUUACUGAAUUUC